GUGGAGUGAACGGCCCAGCGGAGCGGAGAAAUGCAAGAUGGGAGUGGUUCCGUUAUGAGGUCACGGAGAGGCACAGCAACGGCAACAGAGCGAGCGAGCGAGAGAGAGAGACAGAGAGACAGGGAACUCUAGAGAGACAAAACAUGAGCCGUGCGAUUGAGGCAGGAAACGUUUUAUUCACGCGACUUUAAUCGAUCGGAUUCCCGAGCGAUCGCCAACUCGCUUUCCUUACUUCUUUAAAUAAAGGGAACUGUUAGCAGAUCGCAGUGCUUCUAGUCGCUGCUGGAUCCUGCGUUGAAACAGGAAGAAAUCCCCCUGCUUGCGUAAUAGAGAGAGAGAGAGAGAGAGAGAGAGAGAGAGGGGAAAACAGACCUAAAAGACUCUGGUGCACGAGUGCGGUGAGCAAAGUUUUCGCGUCUGGAAAGCGAAUGAACUCGGCUGAAAUCGCCACGCGCGAGCCAUGCACGCGCUGUCCAGCGUGGGGUAGCCGCGUCGUGUCCUGCUCGUGAGCGGAUUUUCUGAAGAGCGCUGCAAAGUUUAACGGGGGGGUUGUUUUUGUUUGUUCUCCUGCGACAGAAGACGGACGGCAGAUCCCGUCACGCGCUCGCUUAGAGCCAUUGUUCGCAAGCUUUUUUCUCUUUUUUUUUUUAAAUCUCCACUGGGGGAUCGUGCGUUCCUAGAAACCGGGCAACCGGGGAGAUAACUUGGUUGGAUUUUACAUUGACGCGUUUUUACUUUUUAUUUUUUUCUUAACUACAUUUUUUUUUCAUGGUCUCUUCAUCACCGUCCUUCGCCUUCAGGAUGCACGUUGUUGCGGUGCUGAUCGGUCAGCUGGCGCUGCUGCUGCUGCUGCUGGCGGCGAGCGGCCGGGCGCUGCUGUGUUUGCCCUGUGACGAGUCCAAGUGCGAGGAGCCGAAGCAGUGCGUCGGCGCCGUGGUGCCGGGGAUCUGCGGCUGCUGCUCCGUGUGCGCCAAGCAGAAGAACGAGAGCUGCGGCGGCGUGUACGGCCUUUACGGCACGUGCGACGCGGGGCUGCGUUGCGUGAUCAGACCCCCGCUCGACGGCGGAUCCAUCACGCAGUACGAGGUCGGAGUUUGCGAAGAUGAAAACUGGGAUGACGACCAGCUCUUGGGAUUUGAACCGUGCAACGAGAACCUGGUUACGGGCUGUAACAUAAUCGACGGGAGGUGUGAAUGUGACAGCGUUCGAACAUGCAACAACCCUUUUGAGUUCGCCAGUGAGGAGGCUUGUCAGACAGCCCUGAAGAAGAUCGAAGAGGAGAGGCCGGACUGCUCUAAAGCCAGGUGUGAGGUCCAGUUCUCGCCCCGUUGUCCUGAAGACUCAGUGCUGAUUGAAGGUUAUGCUCCACCUGGAGAAUGCUGCCCUCUGCCCAGUCGCUGUGUGUGCAGUCCUGCUGGGUGUCUGAGGAAAGUCUGCCAACCUGGUUACCUCAACAUCCUCGUAUCGAAAAGCUCUGGCAAACCUGGAGAGUGCUGCGACCUGUAUGAGUGCAAACCAGUUUUCAGUGUGGACUGCAGCACCGUGGAAUGUCCUCCCGUACAGCCCAUGCAGUGUCCAGCAGACAGCUACGAAACACAGGUCAGGCUCACAGCAGACGGAUGUUGCACACUACCUACGAGGUGUGAGUGUUUGCCUGGUGUCUGCACCUUCCCACAAUGCUCAGCAGGCACGCUGCCCCACUUAAUCUCCCGUGGUGACGGAACACCGGGACGGUGCUGUGAUGUGUAUGAGUGUGUCAAUGAGACUAAGCCGGCCUGUGUCCUCAGCGGUGUGGAGUAUCGUGAUGGCGACAUGUUCAGGAUGGAUGCCUGCCAUUUUUGCCGCUGCCAGGGCGGUGUAUCAGUGUGUUUCACAGCACAGUGCGGCGCCCUCCACUGCGAACGUUACUACGUACCGGAGGGAGAGUGCUGUCCCGUCUGUGAAGAUCCUAUCUUUCCUGCGCUGAAUUUUGCCGGCUGCUAUGUGAAUGGCCAGAUCUUGGCUCAUGGGGAUCACUGGCGAGAAGACGACUGCACAUUCUGUCAGUGUGUGAGCGGUGAGGCCCGUUGUGUAGCUGCUGCCUGCGGCCAUAACUGCCUCCACCCGGUCACAGUGCCUGGAGAAUGCUGUCCUGUGUGCGAGGAGCCGACCUAUAUCACCAUGGCGCCCCCUGGCUGCAGUGCACUGGAGAACUGUACACUCACAGGGAAGGAUUGUGCCUUCGGCUUUCGACUCGACUCACACGGGUGCCGCACCUGCAGCUGCAAAACAAGAGAGGAACUGUGCAAUGCUCUGAUCUCGGGCUGCAGCUUGAAGUGUCCGCUCGGCUUUCAGAUAGACGCUAACGGCUGUGCCACGUGUCAGUGCCGGCAUCGCCACAAGAAGUGCAAGCCGGUAGCCUGUGCCAAGGACUGCCCCUUCGGCUUCGUUAAAAACAAGCAUGGUUGUGAUACCUGUCGCUGUAAAAAAUGCCCUGAACUACCAUGUGACAAACCCUGUCCAGUGGGCUUCCAGCAGGAUGAACAGGGUUGCCUGAUCUGCCAAUGUAGAGACCAGAGUUCUUCUUUCGGCCCUUCUGUUAAACUGGGCUCAUGUCUUUCAAUGGAUGGUCGGAGGCAUGAGAAUGGUCAAAGCUGGCAUGAUGGCUGCAGGGAGUGCUACUGCCAUGAUGGUCGAGAGAUGUGCGCCUUGAUAUCUUGCCCUGUGCCUAACUGUGACAACCCGAGCAUCCGUGCCAGCCAGUGCUGUCCCACCUGCCCAGAUGAGUCUGGCUCUCAUAGGCCAGAGCUGAGCGAGGCGUCUGUGUGUCUCGCCCCGGGUGGAGAAUACUUUGUGGAAGGAGAGACAUGGAACAUUGACUCAUGUACGCAGUGCACCUGCCAUAUCGGCCGCGUGCUGUGCGAGACUGAAGUGUGUCCUCCUCUGCUCUGCCAGAGCCCAAUAAGAACACAGGAUUCCUGCUGUCCACACUGCCCAGAUGAGCCGCUCACUCCACCAGCCCCCAGCAACAAUAGCAUGCCCAGCUACUGCCGCAAUGACGAAGGCGACAUCUUUCUGGCAGCCGAGUCCUGGAAGCCUAACGUUUGCUCCAGCUGUGUGUGUGUGGAUGGAAUCAUCAGCUGUUUUUCAGAGUCUUGUCCUCCGGUCAGCUGUGCCCGACCUGUCCUGCGCAAGGGCCAGUGCUGCCCCUACUGCUUAGAUGCCACACCGAGAGCAGUGUGCCACUUCAACGGAAAAACGUACGUGGAUGAGGAGCGCUGGGACAUUGACAGUUGCACACAUUGCUACUGCUUGCAGGGUCAGACGCUUUGCUCCACAGUCAGUUGCCCUGCCCUCCCCUGCCUCCAGCCAAUCACAGUAGAGGGCAGCUGCUGCCCCUUGUGCCCAGAGACCGUCCCAACCAAUGUGCCCAUCGAGAAGACAGACCAGCAUGGAGACAGACUGAAACAUCGACCUGCUUGGCCUACGCACAGUGAGAACGACAUUAUGCCCCAAUUCAGAGCAGGUGACUUUGGCAGCCUGCAGAUGCCAUAUCUGGAUGGAAAGGCACCACUGCCCAGUAAGGAUGCCAGCCUUCAUUGGGCCUGGGUAGCAUUGCCCAUCCUCAUGAUGGUUCUCACAAUCGCCACACUGCUGCUAGUCAACCAGAAAAAGCAGUGGAUGCAUGUGCCUUGCUACCACACACCCUCUAAGCCCACAUGUCUGAAUAACCAGCUGGUCUACGUUGACUGUCAGAAAGGGACAAAGGUGCAGGUGGACAGUUCCCAGCGCAUGCUGCGCAUCGCCGACCCCGACUCACGCUACAGCGGUUAUUACAGCAUGCAGAAACAUAACAACCUGGAGGCAGACAACUUCUACCAGACUGCAUGAGCUCAAGCAGCCUGAGACGAGCGAGAGAUGUAAAGAGUGAGAGACAGAGAGACUGGGGUCAGCUGCCAAAAACUAGAGAGCACAUUAACAGAGACAAUAUAAUUAUGAAGCUAUUACCAUGGCUAAGAAAAUCCAGUGACGGACAGUGCAACCAAGCAGUGAAAAGAGAACAGAGUUGAGACCCUGGUAAAACACAAUAAUCAUAAUACCCACAUUAAUACCCGAACACCACUCCAAAAACGCACACAGACGACUAACGGUCUCAUCAGGACAUGAUCAUGUUGCCAAGUCAGUCACUGCAGGAGUGUAUUUAUUUGAAUGGGAGGUGCUGAACGCAUUUCCUGGGAUAUUUUAUGUGUAUGUUAAAGUGAGAAUGUGUGCGUGUGUACGUGUGUGUACGUUUGUGUGGUUGGAGGAGCUCAAACAUACAUAUUUGGGAUUAGGGCUGACUAAAGUGAUAUUUUUUUGUGCAUUCCUGUUUUGUUUUUUUUUAUUUACAAAAAAAAAGCUAUUUGAAACAUUUUCGAAGAAAAAAGAGAAAAAGACUCCAAUCAAGUGCUUGGUAUAAAUGUUGAACCAAAGCUUCUCUGGGAGGUAUAUGGGUCUCCUUGGUUAAAGAAGAUUCUGGACUAUGUGGGGAAAUGUGAGAAGAGAAAGAGAGAUGAACAAGGUGUAAAAGAAAGAGAGCGCAAUCCUACUAGGACAUUUUCACUCCUUUUACAAUGACAGGGCUCAACUCUUUUUUUUAAGCCCCUUUAAAAGAGGAAUGGAGGACAACUAAGAAAGCCGUUCAGUGGAAAUCAGAUACUCCUGCUUAGGUGGAUUGGUGUUGGUCUCUAUGCUUACAUUUAUAAGCUUUUUCCCUCUUUCACAUUAGUCUUUUUGAUUAUUUUAUUCUGACAGAACAAGUAGACACUUUCUCACACUCCCAGCAACAAUAUACAUUGUGAGAAAGGGAGACUUAAGAGUUGUUACAUGGGAUAAAUAUAAGAGGUAGUUAUACAGGUUUGAUGAGUCUAUGCUACAAGUGCUGCUUUUUUUGCUUUGAUUCUGUAGGCCUUGUUUUCUACAGUUUGAGCUGUAGUAUCAAUCACAUCUGUGGGAAGCAUGCACAAGGAAACACAAUCAAACAAUACAAUGAAAAGACUUUUGCUAGAGGACUUUUGUUUGAGGCCAAAAAUGCUCUUUUACUCAAUUUCCCUUCUUUCUUACAGAUUAUGAAACAGCUUUCUUCUCUGGAAGCUUUAAAAAUGCUGUUGAAGCACCUUCUGUUAAUCCUUGCUUGAAAGUAAAAAAAAAAAAAGUAAAAAAAAAUUGGCUUCAAAAUCCUACACACCGUAUAGGAACGUUUUAUGUACAUAUUAACAAUAUAAUGAAUAGACAUGAGAUAUUGUGAGUAUAUAUGUGUGUGUAUGUUUGUGUUAGCAUGUAUGUACGUGUGUGCGACACAAACGCACAUGCAUGCGCACAUUGACUCUGCUUCACCUGUAAAGUUCUCUGUUUCAUUUUUUUCGUACUGAAUGUAUUUAUGACUGAGUUUUUAUUUUUUGUUUGUUUUUUAAGACAGAGAGAUUUCUAUCUGCGGAAAUCUGAUCACGACAGGCAUUCCAUUGCCUCGCAUGCAUCAUAGUAAGUCGAAAGACAGACCCACUGAGAAAAAAAAGGCAGAAAAUAAGACAAACAUCUCAUUCUAUUUCUUGUUUACUAUUUUGUCGUUUUUGUUUUCCCGUGGCUUUUCUCUUUUCCUUCCUCUGAUUUGUUGUUGUUUUGUUUUGUUUCAAAUGGAGUGGUCCUCAGCUGGCCCGAUUCAAUACUGUUUUCAACUGGCCCUCAUGGAGUUGUCUAUCUUAAAGAGCUAAGGAAUGAAAAAUUAAUUGCUAAAAUGUAUUUUCUUACUUGCUAAUAUUUUUCUUUAAUACUGAAAUUCUCAGCAGCAAAGGACUAUGGUGAGCCACAUGUUGGUCCUUAACAUCUGUCCAAGAAACUUUCCAGCUUGUGACCUGUUUUUGAAUCUGCAAAUACAGUUCACAAAAUGACAAACUGCCAUAGUUUGGCCACAUUUUUUUCAUAGUGAGUAAACGCCUUUUGAGCAAAUCAACUGAUAGCAUAAGGAAUGUGCCAAGAUGCCAAUGCAUAUUCAGCAGCAAUAUGAAAUACAUAACUCCCUUAAUUGCUCUGACCAGUGAAUGCAUACAAUUCACUGGCUUCUAUUAAUCUGGUCAUAGUCAUGGCUGAGAAAAAGCUGAAAGAAACUAUAUGUACAUCUACUAGGUUCAAGGGGACUGAGCAGAUAAGAACUUGGCUGUUUUGUCAAAUUGAGUCACGCUCACACGGUGUUGACUUGGCUGUUGGCAAGUAAACAAGCACAUGGAAAUGCUUCCCUAGCUCAGAAGAAUAUUCUGGCAAUCUGGAACGUAAAGAAGUAGAACAUUAGAUCUAAUCAGCAUUUUUAAAUUAAAUCAGCUAUUAGGGGGACCCAGAUAAUGCCUCAAUACAUGGCUGUACAUGAUGACAGUGGUUUACUAUACUAUUUCUUGGUGAUCUAUUAUAAAUAUACACAGUAAGGAGGAAAGUGACCAUAUAAUUCGCUUAAACAGUACUGUGUUCCAUGCCAAGGACAAUUCGCUUUUAAUUAAAAAGAUAGUUAUUCGCUCCAACUCUUGUGCUAGAGGUGGACACUGACAUAUCAUUCCUGAUAAUAGGUAAGUGCAGGUCAAGAAGGGCAGGUUGAAAACAGUUUUGGACUGCAGGUCAUGUCUCUUUGCUCCUUUCCUUGCUCUCUGUUUCAAUCUGACAGUGUGAGUUGUUUUUUUGCGGCUUCAUUGUUUUCUCAGUCACGGGCCCCUGCAGGCGUCAAAACUACUGGAACCCUUUCACACAAGCCGAAUCCCAAGCAAGGCCCUUUUUUGUUUAGACUCUGAACAGGGUUCAGGGCCAAUGGUUUAUACCUUAUGCAGUUGGAUUAUGAUGAGUUGGGGGUCAAUCAGGCUUGAACUAUAAGCUAUAGAAACGUGGGGGAGAGGAAGGGCUCUAGGGAUAGUUUUUUUUUUGGUUGUGUCUAAAAUAUUUUGUCGGAUAAUGUUUAUAGAACUAUACUUUUGGCACUUUUUUAUAGUUUAAUGAGUAACCUUUGGGUUUUUCUUUUUUUUUUUUCUUUUUUUUUACAAAUGCUUUUCAUAAAUAUAAAAAAAAAAUGUUGCCCUUUUGUGUUCUUAAAACCUUGCGGGACCCUUUGCAGUGCAGCAAUGAGCUGUUUAUAAUAUAUACCAGCUCUCAAAUUUUAUGGAAGCAUGUGGUCUUAUUUGUACAGGUGGCAUUGUUGGGGUAUUGUGAUUGGGAACUGAGUGAAUAAAAUGGGAAUAUUUACGUUUUAUCUUCGGAAAGUACACAGAGAGAAAGAGGGCAAUAAACCUGCUUCCCUCUGGUGAAAUCGCACAGCUUCUCUCCAUCGUGUAAACACUGCAGCUUAUUGAGCGUUCUGUCUCUCAGUCACGGCCAGUAAAGAGACUUGAGAUAAACAAGCAGUGGAACAGAGCGAUGUAAACAAUUGUUCUGUAGACUAAAACCGCAAAGCUGAUGUGACAGAGGGUUUUUAUUUAGAAAGAGAGAGAAAGAUGUAGUAAAAUUGGUGAAUGCAGCUUAAAUUCAAGUGCAAAUUCAACACUGCCUGUUACAAAGCAACAUAUAUUAUUAAGUGCUCCUGAACAGGUUUUGGCUACAUCACUACUGACUAUCGUUUCAAAUUGGACAUCUGUUUUAGUGCAGACAUAUUGAGUUGGGCAUGUGGCCUUAUCUAAUGACUGAGGAGAAACAUUGACUGAUUCCUAUUUUAACCGUUCUGCCUGUUCAAAUGGUCUCGCAGGAUCGUUUAUUUUUAUUUAAAAAUUUUGUUUAGUGCAUCCUUCAAGUAUUGUUGUAAAUACUUGAGUGUCACUCGCCUAAAAAAAAAAAGACAAAAAAGGUUGGAAAGCGGUCAAAUAAAAUGAAAAGAUUUAAUUUAUUGUUUUAAAUACCUUCGUAAUUUAUUUUCAAGCAGAACAAUUGAGCAUAUAGGAAUUUGAAUCAACGACACAGCUGAAAUCAUGUGACAGUUUCGGUGUUGUCUUGUUCCCUCAAAGAAGGUUUUUAAGAAUGAUUCGAUUUGAUGAUAUGGGACACACUUUAUCCUCAACUGUUUAGCCCCCUCUCCCUAUUUUAUCCCUCUCCUGGAACACUGCUUUUUCCAUUUGGGAAAAGCAGUCAAGCCUGGUCCUGUUCCACUAAAUAAGUAGAAUACAUUUGGAGACAUUUCUCUCCUGAUCUCUAUCUUCCUACUCAGUCAGUCCACAGAAAACCACACAGAGCCUUUUUUUUUUAAACUUUGUAUACUACUGGUGUUGUAUGCUCAUGUAAAAAAAAAAAAAAAGUAAGAAUUGUCGAUAAUGAUAUUGCAGAUUUCUAAAGAGGGUAGAUGAAGAUUUGACUCAGAAUUCCUGUAGCACAGCAGAUCUUUUCGAUUUCUUGUAUUUUUUUGUUUGUUUCUUCGCAGCACAAUAAAUACUUUUUAAAUA